AUGAAUAUUUUUAUAUUAGAUAUUAAUCAAAAGAAAAAUAUAAAGUAUCAUUGUGAUAAACAUGUAGUAAAAUUAAUAUUGGAAGCUGUUCAAAUGUUGUAUUGUUGUUGGCAUGUCACUCAAGAAGGUGAUGAAGAAUGGAAGCGAAAUGCACCUGAAGGUUAUUUAAAGGUGACUCACAAGAAUCAUAGAAUUAAUAGAUGGGUUAGAACCAACUAUGCUUCCUAUGACUUUACUGUAUCGUAUGCAAAGGAAUUAUUGUCAGAGUACGAAUAUCGAUAUGAAAAGAAACAUAGUUAUAUUAGACAUGUUGAUUGGCUGUCGACCAAUAAACCAGAUAAAUUGGAUAAAGCAAAUAAUCUUACUUUAAUGCCUGUUGCAAUGCCUGAUCAAUAUAAAGUUGAUCCAAUUCAAACUUGGGAUGAUAUUGUUGCAUCAUAUCGUGCCUAUUAUAUUGCUGAAAAGUUAAGAUUUUGUACUUAUAGAAAAGGUGAUUGGCCAUCUUGGUUACCUUCUAAACCAGAUCCAAAGAAAAAGGAAAAGGAAGAAAAAGAAGAGGAGGAAAAAAAAGAAGAAAAGAAAAAGGUUAAAAAGAUGGUUGACAAAACAAUUACUACUACUUCAUCAAGAGGUAGAAAGAUUCAAAAGGUUGUACAAGUAGAAGAAGAGGAAGAGGAGAGUGAUGAAUAA